AGUGCCACUACAAUCCAUCCAUCCAUCAAGCUAAGUCUACACCCAUCCCUCGAAACGCUGUCCGCAAAGGGAUCGUUACCAAAGCGCAGCAUUUUCUACAAUAUCGCAUCCUGUGUAAAUGAACGACGACUCGACUUAGCAUAUGGCUCUAAUGGGUGACUAAACGCGUGGUUGUUGAAGCAUGAAGACUCGUUUUGAAUGACAUCAUAUCUUCACUAAACUGAAAGACCAUCUGGCUAGACAUGGCGAAUCUAAGGCGUCACUUUAACUUUGGAUCAAAGCCUGGACCUUUAAAUCAAUUCGGAUCCUCACACGGACAUCAGACGAAUACUGAAGGAGUCGCGUUUCCUGACCACUGCUUCAGUAGAUCUGCAUUCAUGAACGAAGUGUGCACAUUUCUUGACAACUGUUCAGCAUAUGUGCAAGCAUUGAACACCUUCUGUGGCUCUAGCAGCGCCUUGGCAAAAAGUUUGGUUCGAGUUUUCCACAACGUGUCCCUGUAUCGUGAAGCCGCUGCCCUCUUUCUUGGUGCUUGGGAAGACCUUGGUAGAGUAACUGCAGCUGCCAGUGCUGCAGUUAAGACUGAAACACUGAUGACACUGCAGGAUGUUCUUAACAAACUGGAAGGAGAGGGAGAUGAUUCAGCCGCACUUACCGAAUGUAUACAGGCUGUAGGGUGUUGCCUGGGGUCAUAUGUGGAAUUGCAGCUACAGUUUUCCUACUCAACAUGGAAGGCACUCUCCAAGCUAUCCAAGAAUAUGCCAACAGAUGGGCGAGGUGGCAAGUCUGCAGUGCCAAAGUCAUCAGCUGAGCUCACAGCAACAAUAAAGAAACAUUUUGCUUCACUUCUGCACAAGGUUGGUGCGGGCACCAAGCAGCAGGGAGGACCAGUAGGGAGUUUUUCUGAAAGUCAACCAACCCAGUUUCAUGUUGACUUCAUGAACCAGCCUGGUGGUGCAAGCAGUAUGGAGGAUGUUCCUGCUCCACAAAGCAACCUACCUCCAUCUCAAGGGCUUCAGUGGCAUGGAGCUGCGGACAAGUCCACAGCCAAGGUUCCAUCUAGUGAUUCUACAAUCCAGGAUAAAGAGCAGACCGUGCAUGUAGUGGAGUCCCCUGGUGCAGGCGAGCUUGAAGAAGUGAUCAAUUUGUUGUCAGCACCAUCUUGUGGAGGUCCUCUUCCCAAAGGUGCCCCAAUGUUUACGCCAGAUAAUGCCUUCCUCAAUGGCAUGAUGGCUUCCUUGGCACCAGGCACUGCCUGGCCCCCUGAAGGAAUUUCUAACACAUCAAGUAGUACGCACCUCUUCAGUGGCAAACUAACAUGGCCCCGUCCUACCACCGAGGGGAUAGGCCUCAGUGCAUUUGGAGUGGACCCAUUUCUCUGGAGAACAGUUGGACAGGUGAAUCCUGACCUGCAGUCCAAUUUCCCUUCUAGUCAGAGUGAUAACUCAUGUGGCCUGUGGUCCUCAACUGAUAAGCAAGGUUGGAGUAGCAUAUUAAGUGGGGAGAAUGGAAGCUCGAGUGAUGAGACAUCUUCGAACAAUGGGCAAGACACAGAUUCUUUCCUUAUGGGUCUGAAUCUCGCUGGUAGAGAUUUAGUAGCUUCUGUAAGGCAAAGGAGGCACAGUAGCAGUGAUGGACCACCAGAGGGCAUUUAUGAUGCACUGGAUGUAUGCUCUGACCCCAACAGUGGCUGGCCUGAGGUUCGUGCAGUCAAGACGUCGACGUGGCCACUAAAGCAGUCUGGUACUGCAGACACAAAUCCUGCCACUGCACAUUCCUCACGCACUGCUGGCAUGAGCACCUCUGGGAAUAAUUAUUUCCUUUUUGGUCAUGGGUCAUGAUGACAUCUGUAGUAGGAUCUUUUUAUUCUCUUCACUUGCAAUAACAGUUCUUGGCUGUGCCA